GCUUUGUAAUCCUGUGGUGGGAUCCUACUAACGUUUAGGUUGCCAGCAAUCAAUUGAAUACUGCAGUUUCUUAUGUGCGGAUCUGUCACGAGCACGAAAUAUCUUUUUAUUCUUACUUGUCGUGUAAACAGUUAACUAUUUUGAGUAAGUCUCUAAUUUAUCGCGCGAACUUAUUUAAUUUAUCGCUUGCAUAAAGAAGUAAUCGCUUCCGACUAUCUCUUCGAGGUAUUACCGGAAGCGACGCGAUCAAGAUGCAUCUUGCCGGACACGUUAAGGUUUUAUUCACACUCGUCCUCUUCUCGUCGAUUUCCGUUUUCGGAUUUCCAGACGGUGGGCCGGUGGACGCGUGCGUGAAGCCACGACCUAAUCAACCCUAUCAUGGUGAAGCGCGGUCACAACCCUUAAGCACGAGCCCUUACAAGAUACUGGCUUCGUCGUCGCAGUACGAACCAGGUUCACAGGUCACAGUCACCAUUGUGGGUGCCCCGUUCAAAGGAUUUUUCGUUCAGGCGCGUGAUACCACUUCAAACAAAUGGAUUGGAUCUUGGACGCGUACGCCAAACACAAAUAUACAUUCCGAGUGUAGUGCUGUGACGCACGCUGAUCCACAUGAUAAGGAGCAAGCUACCUUCAUCUGGAACGCACCAGCGGACGCACGAGGAAGUGUUUACUUCACUGGAACUGUACUGAAGGACUAUGCAAUAUUCUGGUCCGAGCUUGUGUCACAGGUGGCAAAAUAAUUCGUCAGCACACUGUUUGAAUCUUUACUCGUCGACGAAGUGCUUCCGCCAAAGGAUAUAUUCCAUCUUUAUAAAAAAUUUUUUAAAUUUUAUUCGUACAUUGGAUAUUUUGAUAUAUUUGCGACAUGUUAUGCAAUAUAUAUUUUACAUAAAUCUUGUACCAUCGCAGAAUUGCCAAGCGUUUUAAAUAAUAAAAGAUUAUCAAAACGGAUUCGUUGUUCGUUCUA